UCCGUAGGCUAUAGAAAAAACGGCGGCGGUGAAGUAGAAGGCAUAAAGACCAUAAUCCCAACCCCCGCUAAGGGGUACGUGACUGGUGGAUUCUGAGGAUUGACAGAUAAAAUUCUUCCAAUCCAAAUUAGCGGUCAAAUCUUCGACCAAUGAGGCCACAGCUGUGGGGGCGGGACGAGGAGGCGCGGGUGCUCGGACCGUGGAACGGUUUGCUAAGAUAGUCCUAGGCUCGGACGUCGUUUGGCUGUGGGAGAUGAGCGGGUCUUUAGGCCGAGCAUCUGCGGCUCUGCUCCACCUGGGGCGCGGGAUCCUCCUGCGGGGCCUGGCACUGCGGAGCCUGACGGCCGAAGGGAGCUCGAGCUCCGGGGGGUCGGGCUCGGGGUCCACGGAAUAUCUUGACAAGCUCGUGAAGAAGGACAAGGUGGUGGUGUUCCUGAAAGGGACUCCCGAGCAGCCUCAGUGCGGCUUCAGUAACGCCGUGGUGCAGAUCCUGCGGCUGCACGGCCUCACGAACUACGCGGCCUACAACGUGCUGGAGGAUCCCGCCCUCCGUCAAGGCAUCAAAGACUAUUCUAACUGGCCAACUAUCCCUCAAGUGUAUCUUAAUGGUGAAUUUGUUGGUGGUUGUGACAUCCUCCUCCAGAUGCAUCAGAAUGGAGAUCUAGUGGAAGAACUGAAAAAGCUGGGAAUUCGCUCAGCACUUUUAGAUGCAAAGAAAGAUCAAGACUCAAAGUAAAAAAUUCCUGCAAGAAUCCUCUCCAAGAAAAGUGCUCUGUGGCUAGAAAUGAAAUCUUUUUAGUGUCAAAGACUGAUUACCAGAACAGCCUUACUGGUUUUUGUUCUCAUUUUUUUAGGAAGGCAACUCUUUGUACUGACACUAAACAGUAUUGAAGUGAUUUUCGUUUCUGUCUGGUGUUUUAGGCUAAGGAUAUUCUAUUGUGAAUUUAAUUAUAACUACUGUACUGUAAUAAUUGAAUUAUUGUAUUGACACAGAUGUAAAAAAUCAUUCUUUUAUCAUCUUAUACUCUUUGCCUAAAGCAAGAGUAAACCAAAAGAUUUUGAGUUAUACUAGUUAGUUAUUGUCAUCAUUUUUAUCAUUGACUCUGAUGUUUGUGUGUUACUCUAUAAAAUCCAAAGGAAACAUUAUAUGUAGCACCUUUAAGGAAAAUGAUGGACAAGGUAAACAGUAAUGACUGCUGGGUUUUUAAAGAAAUAAAAGAAAUUGCCAACAUGUAAAA